AUGUCGUCUACCGAAGAGCCUGUGAAUGUUGCCGUUGAUACGGAUGUCGAAAUCGCGCCCCCGGCUACCCCGGUAGACUUGUCAAUGCUCUCGGGCGGCGAGGAUGCCAGCAAGUCGAGCCCCGAGGCAUCCAAGGAGAAUGACCCAGUAUCUUCAGUCAAGACCUCCACUGGUACUACCUCCGUAUCUAAGCGUCCAGUGUCGAGCUCCACGGCUGCUAAACGGCCCACAUCCUCUUCGACGGCCACGUCAAGGACCGCAACCUCGACCACGCGGGCCGCGACUUCCUCUACGAGCUCGCUGAGCAAGCCCCCAACUCGGCCGACAACAACUUCAGCCACUCGGAAGCCUUUGAGCUCGUCGACAACUUCAUCUCAUCGAUCCCGACCCUCCGUCAGCAGCUCUGCGGAUGAGAAGCCUCAGUCAAUUGCCAGCUCUGGCGAUGAGAAGCGUGGUAUUUCCAGCACAGCCAAGCGCAUGUCUAUGGCUGGUACAGCUUCAACUCGGGCCCCAUUGAAGACUUCCUCAACUCUGGACCGCAGAUCGAGUGUCGCUGGCUCAAGUCUGGAGAAGAAGCCAGCCACUAGCACCACCGCUUCACGUGCGGCUACUUCUACCAGCAAGCCCGUUGGUCGACUCACUUCUGCGACUGGACCCGCCAGCCGUACUACCACAUCUACUACUGCGACUCGACCUCUGACUCGCCCGGCGACUACGUCCACUACCACUCGGCCAAGCACGUCUUCUUCGUCGACAGAUCCUGCCAAGAAGCGAUUGAGCACUCUGUCCAGUGCCACAAAAAAUGCCGGUGAUACGGAAAAGUUGCAGGCUCUCCAGUCCAAGCUUAUGGAGAGUGAGGAGACGGUUGCCAGCCUCAAGGCCGAGCUUGAUUCCGUAAACGAGAAGCUUAGCCAGUUGUCUGUCUCUGGAGAGGAUAUGGCCAAGGAUGACGACGUUACCAAUUCCGUUCAUGCAGAGCACGCAGCAGCGCUUGAGAAGCUGACCUCUGCCCAUGCGGAGGAACUUCAGUCCCUACAGGCGCGUCUUAAGGAGGCUGAGUCUCAGAAUAAGGAACUUGAAGAAAAGUCACAGAAGGAAUUGGAGGAGGCCAAGCAGUCUGCCACGGCUUCCGGCGAUCGCGAGACCGCUGUUGCUCUUGAGGAACUCAAGGAGAACCACAAGGCUCAAUUAAAUGCCAUAGAGAAGGAGGUCGCAGAUCACAAGGCUGCCGCUGCUUCAUUUGAAGAGCAGAUCAAUCUGCUGAAGUCAGAGCUUGAGUCGCAGAAGGCUAGCCAACAAGAGGAGAAGGCUUUGGCUCUCGAUAGCCUUGAGCGCGAGCUGAACGGCCGAGAUCAAGUCAUCGAUAACUUGAACAACGAAUUUAAGAGGCUCACUACUUCCAAGGAUUCAGAGAUCAUUGCUGCCAAGGAGGCGUCGAACGUCUUGAUCUCCGAACUGCAGGAGCAGGUCACAUCACUAAAAGCCAAGCUUGUCGAGGCGGCGUCUGCUGCCCAGCAGCCCGAGGAGAUCACCAGCUCGCUCACUGAAAAGGAAACUGAGAUUAAUGAGCUCAAGGAGGCACUUGAGAAGCUCCAGGGCGAACUAAAGGAGGCUCAGGAUGGCGCUACCAGUGACAUUAGCUCCCAGCUGAAGGAGCUGGAGACUUCUCACGAGGCUGCAAUUGCAAAUCUCAAGGCAGAGCAUGACAGCGCCUUGAGCUCUCUUUCUGCAUCCCACGCCGAGGAACUUGCUCUCGCUAAGACUGCGGCCGAGUCUACUGGCACCGAGAACUCCCGGCAGCUUCAGGAGCUUCGCGACUCAUUGGAGGCUGCUAAGUCUGCCACCCAGGGCAACCACGAAAGCGCUAUUGCAGAAUUGACGGCUGCGCAUGAGGUAGAGCUCAAGGUUCUGCAGGCAAAGUUCGAGGAAUCCGAGAAAGCCCUUGUUGAUUACCGCACCGCUCUUGAGGAGGGCAAGGCUUCUGCUCAAGAGGAUGCGAUUAGAGAAAUUGAUGCUCUCCGCCACAAGGUUGAAUUGCUGGAGACACAGCUGGCCACUGGAUCUGGCGAAAUCAAGGCUUUGCAGCAGGAAGUUCAGGCCAAGCAGGCUGAGGCUGAGCAGCUGCACACCAGCUUGAAGAAUGUUGAGAGCCAGUUCCAGGAGAAGGACGCCCAGCACGACCGCAAGUUAAAGGAGCAGGAUAGCAAGAUGAAGGCUUUAGAAGACAAGGCUGCCGAGGCGACUCGACUUCUGGAUGAGCAGACCGCUCAGGCUGCCGCUGUUGCUGAGAAGCACGCCAUGGAACUGGAGGCCUUGAAGGUUGAGCACGCUGCUGAACUUCAGCGUGUCAGACAGGAGGCUUCCAGCUCUCAGGGAGGUGCUCUGGAGGAGCUCCAGCUGAAGCACGACGAUCUUCUUCUAAAGAAAAAAGAACUCGAGUCUGCCCACAUCACCUAUGCCACUCGCGUUGAGGCGCUUGAGACUGAGCUGAAGUCGGCUUUGGAGCGCCACGCUGAAGAAAUUGCCGCUCACACCGAUUCUCGUGACAAGCAGACUUCUGAAUUCCAGAAGCAGUUCGCUGAGACCCAGGCCCAGUUGCAAGCCGAGCUUGAAUCUCUUCGGGCUUCAAGCAAGGUCGACCAGGAAUCUCACGCCAAGCAAGUUGCCGACCUCCAGCAGGGCUUUGAGGAGACCAAGGCCAGGCUGCAGAUCGAGCUUCAGGCCGUGCAGACAUCUAAGGCGGCUGAUGCCGAUGCCGAGCAUGGUAAGGCCAUCGAGGAGCUCCUGACUCUCCAGGAAGCCAAGGUGGCCGGUGUGAAGGAACAGCUUGAGGCAUCGCACAACACAAAGAUUGAUGAGCUUCAGCGAACUCACGAGGCUGCUCUGGCUAGCGUCAAUGAGCAGCUUGCCCAGGCUACGGCUGUUGCUCAAGACACCUCCGUUCUCGAUAGUUUGAAGGCGACCAUUGCAGAGCUCGAGCAGAAACUGAUUGCUUCGGAGAAGACCCAUGCUACGGCUCAAGAAACCGCUGUCUCUGCUUUGCGGGACCUCCAGGAGAGGCACGCUGCUGAGAUCUCCAGGAUUCAGGCCGCCCACGCCGAGCUCGGCCAGAAGCAUGACGCGGCUAUCACUCAGGUCGAAGACCUGCAAAAAUCCGCCGCCGCCUCGAGCAGUAGCAAAUCAGAGCUGGACUCUGCUUUGAAGCAGCUUGCUCAGUACCGUGAGGAGUACGAGACUUUGAAGAUGAAGCACGCCAACACCAGCGAAGAGCUGGAAGAGUACCAAGCCACCGCCAAGAUCAUGGAGGAGAAGCUUGCCGCCGGUGAGCGUGACCUUGGCGAGCAGAUUGACAAGAACAUGCAACUCCUCAAUCAACUUGGCGACGUGGAUGCUGCAAUUUCUGGCAGCCGUCGCCGCGUCCGUGAGCUUGAGGCCGAACUUGCUGCCUUAAAGGCAUCGAACACUAAGAGCUCCUCAUCUGGCCUUGAGGCCAGCAAAUGGGCCUCCGCAGAGGAGGGCGAAGAGAAAGCUGAGGGAGGUCCAGCCACAGAAGGUGAGGACCUUGACCUUGGUUCAUCCAUCGAGGGAACGGUGGGAGAUCCCCGUUUCAAGUCUUCCUACUCCUCAUAUUUGCCCGACUUUCAUCCAUUUACAUGA